AAUUAAACAAGCUUUCCCCGGUGCUUGACUCUGGCUCAACCAUAUCCAGAAAUGAUUAACAUCACUGUCACAAUGAAUAGCAGUGAUUGCACACUGUUUUUUUAUGGAGUUGUCUGUUGUCUCAUCUAAUAUUAAGGAGAAGUAGCUACCUGGUUCCUUAAUAUAAUUUAUUAGUUCUAUUGAAAAUUCAGGACCCAAUAUUUGUAAGACAAUAGCAGUGGCCUUAGUUCUGCCCAUUUGUAAGCCUUUGGCAAUGUUGGAGUCUGGAAAGAUGUUUGCCAAAAGAGGCACUAAGGUAUCCAUCAAGAUAAAUAGCAGGUUAUUUGAAGCGAGCAGUCCGGCCAGUUUUAGUUCUGCGCGUUUAAUCAUUUUGUUUGUCUCAGUCUCUAGCUUGCUAACCAGCUCUAAAAUAGUUUUAUUAGUAGGUACUGUUCAACAUCAUCUGUUUGUGCCCUCUGCUGCCUAAAUGUGUUUUUAAAACUCCUUUAUGGUUAGGUAGCUCUAAAUUACAAAAUUUACAUUUAGGGACCACAUCGCCAAUUCGCCAUGGUCAUUGGUGAACCUUUGCAGCCAAUUUUUAAAAUUGGGCAUUUCCAUCCAUUUAUCAUUGAAUGUUAGUGACUGGCUGUGUUGACUCUUCAGAAGGGCCAGCAGUAGCACCUGGUCAUUUUUUUUGUAACAAAUUUAUCCAUUUUAAAUUGAACAGAACCACGCAAAACCCACUGCAACAAACAAAAACAUGCCACUGCCACAACCAUUUCUUAAACAAAUAUCUCAUGCAAUGCAAACACACAGGAAAGAAGAAGUGAAGAAUUGUAGUUAGUAGUUACUUUAGUUCGUACUCUUUUCUUUGUAUGUUACAUUUGUUAAUCCUAAGCCUGGUCACUGGUACAAAUAUGUCAGUAAGGUACAGCGGGCAAUCAAUAGUACACAUCAUAGAUCCAUUAACACAUCACCUUUCGAGUUGCUGAUUAGCACAGCAUUAAAACUCAAAGAAGAGCUUAAAUUGGUGGAACUAUUUGAAGAAGAAAGUAGAGAAGAGUUCAUUGAAAAUAGGGAUGAGCUGAGACAGCAAGCUAAAUCACAGCUAUGUAUUCUUUUUUUUCCCUUGUUCCAUCUACUUGGGGUUGGGUCUCCUUGAUAGGGUGCGUCAGACAUUUCGGUUCUGGGUUGUCGUUUCUUGAACUGCUGCGUGACAUUUGACCAUCACGUAGCUUUAGAGGUUGUCCUCUACCUCGUCGGAGGUUUUCGCUCAAGCUGAGCGCCACUUUAACCGUUUCUCAUGACAUGAUCGUACCAGCGUAGUCUACGUUCUUGCAAUUUGUCCGUGAUUGGAGCCACUUUAAAACUUCCGCGAAUGUAUUCAUUGCGUAUUCUAUCCAAUCGGGUGACGCCGGCAGCCCAUCCCACCAUCUUCAUUUCAUUGACAUGAAGACGUUUUAGACGUUGCUCAUGAGUUUUCUUCGUGGUCCAGCACUCAGCGCCAUACAGCACAGCGGGUCUAACAGCUGUCUAGUAAACUUUGCCUUUUAUCUUUAUGGGCAUAUAGGGGCAUCACAAAUAACUCAUAAGAGUUUGUUAGUACCUAAUGAAAACGUGAUGCUACGAAAAGGUCAUCGAAACUGGGUCCCAGCAAAGUAGUAACAGAAGAAGGUCACCGAGCCUACAAAGUAGUGACUGAUGAUGGUGCAAUUUAUAAAAUGAAACUCCUGGCACCUAAAACCGACAGAAGAUUCUACAGAGCUGGCCACAAAAGAUCCAGUGCCAGGAACUGAAGAUCCAGACCCUGUCGGACAACCGUCACCUAUAGACCAGUCACCAGUCUCUGUAGGGCAGCCGUCACCUAUAUCACCUGCAAACUCCACGCGGACUGUGACGGGUCCAGAACCACAGCCGCUUCUGACAGCUCCUGAACCUCGAAGUACUCGCAGUGGGCGGCUAGUGGCCACUGUAACUGGCCAUAAGCCUAUAUAUGUAUAUAAAACAUUUAAUUAGUAAGGGGCCUUAAUAAAAAUAUAAAUUUAUUCUUCUUUAAAUUGUUUAUUGAUCUUGUGUCUAUUUAUUCAAACUUUCUCUCAAAAGUAUUUCAAUAUAAAUAAAAUUGAGUUAAAUAAUAUCAGAAAUAGGACUAAAAACCUUAAAAAGCCAAAUGAUAACAUUAAUUUUAAUUUAAGGAGAAAUACCUAUUAUUUUGAAAACAGCGCCAUCUGUGGACCGCGUGAGGAAUUGAGUACGUUAUAACGUACGUACAUAAGUAUUGACCGUCGAAGCAUUAUCAACAAGCUGUUUAACGUUCAAGUGGGUACUUGAGAAGGAUCAUAGAUGGCUCUGAUUAAUCUAAUAUAUCAUGGUCAAUCAAGAUCAAACCUUAUAUAAGAGGAAUAAGGCCUAUUAAAGAUUGGACGAGGGACGCGUCGUUAUGACUUUUAUUCAGAGAUUUCGCAGGUGUUUGUCCGAGUUACGUUAUCAGACAAAUAUGAGACCUAAGUAAAAGAUGUAAGGACUACAUCAUGAAAAUUGCAAAUCUUCUAGGUACCUUCGUAAUGUCGACAGGUUUUCUCGGAAUUUUUGUCCGCAUUCAGUGUUGCCAACUUAGUGGAUUUUCCACUAGAUCUGGUGGUUUAGGCAUGCCUUACAGCGAGAUUUUUUUGGUUUUAGUGGCUAGUGGAUUUUAUAGUGGAUUAGAUUGUUCCAGUUAGUGGUAAUUUACGUAAUUUAACCGCUAGUGUGAUUCAUAAAAUGCUCUGUAAACGUUAUAGUUAAAAAUGAGCAUUUAGGCCCGGAACUUCAAACACGGUUUAAGUUUAAGAUGUAGGCAACAUUGCUCAAAUCAAAUCUGUCGGGUCGGGGAUUCCCCGAUUAUUGUCUACAAACUUCUUGAAUAAACGAUUAUGAACGUUAUUUGUACGGUCAUUGGGUUAAGUUAAGUUUGAUUUGAUUCGCGAAAAGUACCUCCUAUUAGUCACAGUCAGAUCAGUUGAUCAGUUCAGUUCAGUGAGUAAAGUGAACUAAACAAACAGUACAGUACAGUUUGCUAUUGUUAUGAUAGAGGAUACGUACUUCUUAAUCUUACUUGAAUGAAAACUGAUUUCAUAGUAGGUAUUUAAUUAAUUAUGCCUAAGCCACAGUACACCCAAAAGUUUCGUGAUUCUUGGUUACGUGUACCAGAACUGAAGGACUGGUUGCAAGUAGUGGAAAGCACUGCCGGUCCAGUAGCUAAGUGUAAAUUAUGUGGUACAUUAUUAAGAAAUCAUUUUGGAGAUUUAAAGAAUCAUGGAUUAUCUAAAAAGCACCGGCGUAAUUCAAAGAUUGUAACUAAACAACCAAAAUUGGCUUUCAAAGUUGAAAGCAUGGGGAAAAAGAAAGAAGAAGCCAGGCUAGCAUUAUAUACAGCGGCACAUACUAGCAUUCGUGUAGUGGAUCAUUUGGGAGACGUGAUUAAUCACACGCACAAGGAGGAUGACAAAAUUCACCUGCAUAGGACUAAAUGUACCCAAAUUAUUAAAAACGUUCUAGCACCUCAUUUUUCACAAAAUUUAAUAGAAGAUUUGAAAGAUCAAUCCUAUAGUUUAUUGAUUGACGAAUCAACCGAUAUCGCAGUUCAUAAAUAUUUGGGAAUUGUUAUUAUUUAUUACAGCUGCACUCACAAAAAAAUUAUAUCUACAUAUUUAGAUAUCCCAAUGCUCUACGAGUGUGAUGCAGACGGUAUUGUUGCCGCCAUAAAAGCAUCACUCACACGAUUCGGUAUACCCCUAAAACAUUUAAUGGGCAUUGGAACUGACAAUGCUGCAGUCAUGGUUGGAGUUAAUAACGGUGUGUAUGCCAAACUGAAAAGAGAACUACCGAGUCUAGUUUUGGUGCGCUGCAUUUGUCAUUCCUUACAAUUAGCGGUCUCCGCAGCAACGAAGGAGUUCUUACCCAGGAAUCUCGAAUUCAUUAUUAAAAAAACAUAUGAUUGGUUCAGCCGUUCUUCAUCAAGGCAAGCUGCCUAUAAAGAACUAUACAAACUAAUAAACGAUGGUCAUGACCCUUUAAAAAUUGUUCAGUCUUGCCAAACUAGGUGGCUUUCUGUAGAGUCCGCAGUUGCACGGAUUUACACACAAUGGCUGGAACUAAAAACACAUUUUAAUAUGGCAAAAUUAAAUGAAAGAUGCUACACAGCCGAAUUGCUGCAUGCAAUGUACUCUGAUGAUGUGAAUUAUGCAUACAUUUCAUUUAUAUAUCCAAUUCUCACUAAUGUUAACAGGGUUAAUAAAUUAUUUGAAUCGAAAGACGCAGAUCAUUCUAAACUGUAUGACGAACUGACUAAUUUAAUUGAUACACUUGUUGACAAGAUAAUAUUGCCUACCCAGAAGGUAGAUAUUUUUACGCAAAAUAUUCAAGAUUUUAUAGAUAAUAAAUGCUAUUUGGGGUACAGAUUUGAAACUCACUUGCAAACAAUGAAAGAUAAAGGACUUCCGCCAAAUCAAGAAGAAAUAAUCCGCAAUAGGUGCAUCCAGUUCAUUGCAUCUUUGAUUCAAGAAUUGAAAAACAGAUUGCCCGAAAACUUGAAACUCAUGAAAAGUAUUCAAAAAAUCAGCGUAGAACACGCACUAUCUCAUAACAAAGAACCGAUUACUGAAUUGAUGUUGCAUUUUAACAAAAAACAAGAAGAUAUUGCGAAGAUUGACGAGCAGUGGCAUCAAAUACAUCUACUCAGUUGGAAAAAUACAAAAAAUACAAAGGAAUUUUGGUACGAGGUAUUGAAAUUCGAAGAUAUAGCAGGAGAAAAUAGAUUUCAAGAUUUGGCGACAUUUGCGGUAUCUUUAUUAGUUUUACCGCACUCUAACGCUGAUGUAGAACGAUUGUUUAGCAUGAUGAACGUUGUCAAGACUAAACAGAGAAACCGAAUGAAGUUUGAUCUCCUUUCUUCAAUUGUCACUGUUCGUGCAGGCUUAGCACGUGAAGGCAAAUGCUGCAAUAACUACACAUUACCAAAUACUGUAAUACAAAAAAUUGGAACUAAAGAAAUCUAUUCUUCCCAAACUGAACAAGCAGACGAAACAGACUCUUCUGAUGAUGAUCAUUUUUAGUUUAAGCUAAAUAUUUAAAUUAUUUUAUUAUUCUAUUUAUUGACAAUAACAAUAUACAUAAUGGAUAUAUACAGAUGA